UUGAUUAUGCGUUUCUCUCUCUCUCUCUCUCUCUCUCUCUCUGAAUCAUGCUAUCCUCUUAGUUCCAUAGAUCUGAUCUUCUACUUCAGUGGUUUUUGCUUUGCCUGACACGGGGAUUAGUCGAAUCAUCUUUGCUGGCUUGAUUUCCUAAGCAUGGAUGCCAACAGGAGUCAGGGUGGAAUUCAGCAGCUGCUAGCUGCAGAACAAGAAGCUCAACACAUUGUCAAUUCUGCUAGAAAUGCGAAAAUGACAAGAUUGAAACAAGCCAAAGAAGAGGCUGAAAAGGAGAUUGCUGAAUACCGAGCACAAGUGGAGCGUGAGUUCCAAAGGAAGGUGGCUGAGAGCAGUGGAGAUUCAGGUGCCAACGUGAAGCGACUUGAACAAGAGACAGAGUCAAAGAUUCAUCACCUGAAGACGGAGGCCUCGAGGAUAUCAAAAGAUGUAGUUGACAUGCUCCUGAAGCACGUCACAACUGUGAAGAAUUGAGCAUUUUCAUUUCUGGGGGAAUGAAGUGAUCAUGAUGCAAACACGGGGAAUGUUAAAUCUUCUAUGGCAUGAUUCAUUUCAGCAGAACCUUAUUUUGUUGUGUGCGGCAAUUGGAUGGAUCUUUGUAUUCUCUUAUUUCAAAUAUUUAAGAUCUUGAUAUGUCAAGAUUGGUCAUGGAACUUUUUGCAUCUCAUGUUGUGCCAAUAUGUUUAUCCAGUAGUAGUGUAAUGGCAUUUUUUGUUGAGACAGUAAAAAAGAGAAAUAAAGUUUACCAUUGAUGUUUAUUUA